GUUAUUGCUCAUCGUUUGACUACGAUUCAAAACGCUGAUUAUAUCUAUGUAUUAGAUAAAGGAAGUGUAAUUGAAGAAGGUACACAUGAAACAUUAUUGGCAAAAGAAGGAGGUAAAUAUCAAACAAUGAUUAAAAUGCAACAAUCUGGAAAAACGAUUGAUACACAAGAUGGCUCAGUGAAUAUGACAAAAGCUGUAGCUGAAGAUGAAGAACAACUAUUGGAACGUGUUCGUUUAUUGAGCGAGAGCGAAGCGAUUGAUACAAAUCGGAGAGCUUCGACGUCAGUAAGACGAAAAUCAAUCUUUCUAAGACUCAUGAAGAUGAAUAGUCCUGAAUGGAUAUUUAUCUUGAUUGGUUGUUUAGCAUGCUUGCUUGGUGGAUUACGUGCACCAGCGUUCUCAAUUCUAUUUGCAAAAACAGAAUUUAAUGAUUGUAAAUAUGGUGAUCUACGUCGUCGAGUGGUAAUUACAUGUGGUUUAUUUAUUCUUACUGGCGCUGUUUUUAUGGUUCUUAAUUUUUUUCAAUUUGUAGCUUUUGGAAUUGCAGGAGCGAAAUUAGUUAGUCGCAUUCGUUCAAAAGCUUUCGGAUGUUUUCUUCGUCAAGAAGUCGCUUAUUUUGAUCGACCUGAAAACAGUUCUGGUGCUGUAUGUACCCGACUCUCUUCUAAUGCAGCUGCUAUUCAAGAUAUGGCUGGUUCAAGAUUAGGUGUUAUUUGUCAAGCUUUUUCCAUGUCUAUUUUUGGCAUCUUACUUGGCCUUUACUACAGCUGGAAACUAACAAUAAUCAUAGUUACACCUUCUGUUAUCGUUAUGAUCGCCAUUACUAUUCAAAUACGGUUGAGUUCAUGGUUAAAAACACAAUCCGAUCUCAUUUACUCUCAAGCUACCACGCUUGCUGUUGAAGUUAUCACCAAUAUGCGUACAGUAAAACAGUUAUCAAUGGAAAAUCAAGUUUCACGACAAUAUUCGAAUAUGAUUGAUCAAGAGUUAACAUUGUCUUGGAAACCUGAAGCACUGUAUGCAGCAGUAUAUGGAAUGAAUUGGGCGAUGCAUUCAUUGAUGUUGGGACUUUUGUAUCGGCGUGCUUUGAUUCUUCUUGAAAACAAUGAACUAGAUAUGAGCGAUGUUGUUAUGGUUUCUGCUUUUGGAAUGUUCGCAUUAGACGCACUAAAAGUUGUUGGAAUGUUAGCAAGACGUAUUGGUGCAUCAUUUUCUGCUGCUAACGCAAUUUUUGAUCUAUUUGAUCGAAUACCAACUAUUAAUAAUGGAUCUAAUAAAGGCCAAGAAUUAGUAAAAGAAAAACAAAACUAUUGUCUUUCACUUAUAUAUUUUUAUCUUGAAUUGUUUAGACUAAUUU